AUGCUGAAAGCCACGCUGCUGCCCUCACUCCUGGCUGCUCGGCCAGGGAGCACGUUGCUCCCGCGCAUGAAGCGCCCAGCAGCGGCACUGGGCACUGCACAGCAUGCGUCGGGUGCAGCCAGCGGUGUGCAGAAGCCAACGGCGGUGGUCACGGGCGCCGGCAGCGGCAUCGGCCGCGCCUUGAGUGUGCUGUUGGCCUCGAAGGGUCUCCACGUCCUGGCGGUGGGGCGACGUCCCAAGGCCUUGCAGGAGACCUGCGAGCUCGUCACUAACGUGGAGGCGGUGCCGGCGGAUGUGGGCACCACGGAGGGACGUCAGCUGGUCGCUCAGCGCGUGGCAGAGCUUUGCCAAGGCGGUACAGCGCUGUCAUGUGUGGUGCACAAUGCUGCAGUGACUGGAGAGGUGGGUUCCGUGGCACAGGUCACCGAAGAAGACUUUUCGAAGACCAUGGCCAUCAACGUGGAGGGCCCCCUCUUCCUCACACGGGAGCUGCUGCCCUUGCUGUUGGAGUCGAAAGGUCGAGUCCUUCACAUCAGCAGUGGCGCAGCGCACAGGCCACUGGAAGGAUGCCUCACUUAUUGCACCAGUAAGGCCGCCCUGUUACAGAUCAUGCGCUGCCUGGAUGAGGAGCUGGCGCCCCAAGGGGUCCGCGUAGGCUCUGCGAUGCCCGGCGUGGUGGACACGCCGAUGCAGACCCACCUUCGUUCACAGAACUUCAGCGGCGCCCGCUUCUUCCGCGGCCUGGCGCCGGCCGAGGGCGCUUGGGACCGGCCCGCGUCGCCCGUGCGCGGAGGCCUGGACCAUCCGGAGAAUGUGGCGGCCUUCAUGAGUUGGCUCUUGUUGGAGGUGCCGGGGCAAGACUUCGGGGGCCGUGAAUGGAACAUCGGCGACCCCGAGACGCAGCGGCGCUGGCUGAGCACCGUGUGA